AUGGCAGUUCCAAUAGAUACCUAUAUGGAAGCCAAUGUUCUUCCCAACUAUGAAGCUAAAUGCAUGGUUCUUUCGGUGGUGGUGAUUGUGACUGCCGUGUUCUGGGUGGUGAUAUUCCCUUAUGUUGCCAGUAGGCUUCUUAUGGAACCCGAAGAAGUCGAUACUUCCAAGAAGAAAGAUACCCCUUCUACAGAUACUGCCACCACUUCGUCCACCCCAAGUACCAAAGCCAAACCCUCCAAUGGUAUGAAAAGGAGGGGGAAAUCCAACAAAAAGUCCACCACUGAUGCCAACAAAAAGACUACACAGAAGGAUCCGUCCCAGGCAAAAGAUGAGACCCCACCGCCAGAGCCACCGUCUGUGCCGUUGCCAAUAUUGGCCGUGGCAUCCCUAGGUUGCAUGGUGUCUUUAUUCUAUGAGGUCAUGACAAUGUCACCCUACAAUACCUUUGUGGCACGAGGCGUCUUUCAAGUUCCCAUACUCACUGCUUUGGAAUGCGAACAAUUAAUCAACAUCUCCAUGGCGGCGGCCAAAAUCAACCAAGACAUGGCACUCCAAGAACAACAACGGGCGGAAAUUGCCGGCGAAUCUUUGAAUCGAUCCAUGGAAUCUUUGCUCUGGGAACCCAAGGGAUGGCAAAAGUUGCGGCAUGGAAAUUACCCGACAACCGACUUGAAUGUCAUUACGGAUCCCUUUCAGAAAAAGGAUUUGGACUGGUUGCAGGAAAAGUUGGAUGCUCGAUUGGCACCCACAUUGUCACGCAUUUACGGUCUUCCCGAGUCCGCCAUUCGAGCCAAUGAUAUGUUUGUAGUUCGCUAUGAUGCAGACUUCCGAGCCAAACUUGAAAACCACACAGAUGACAGCGAUAUCAGCAUCAACGUUCUCCUCACGGAUGAUUUUGAAGGUGGUGGAACCCGCUUUUGGAAGCUCAAUCAUGAGGGGAUGCAGACUACCAAGGGCACUCGCAUGAUAUUCGUGGGCUUUUUGGGUGUCGACCGCAUAGACCCUUUUGCCAAAGACGACAAUCGAAAACCAAAACUCAACCUGUGGGCCUCUUGGCUUUCUCUUCCAUGGGUAUCCACCAAAUUCAAAGAGGCCUACAGCUCCAUGAUUCAUCGAAAGGAGCAUGGAGGAGUCAAAUACGGCAACAACAAAUACGUCGAAGCACUCUUUCUAGACCUGGCCAAUGUCUUUCAAAUCGUGGGUGAUUUCUUUGCCGUGCAUCAUGUAAAGAACCUUGUGGCACCCGAGAAUGCCGAUCGGUUCAUUAAUAACCUGGAUGAAGCCUAUCGAGAAAGGCAGCAGAAAGAGGUCGACGACACCGCCAAGGCGACAUGGUUUGCUGGUCAACAGGUCGAUUUAGACUUGGAUGGUACCAUCACGGCAGAGUGGUCUACGCGGCGAGCCAGCAAGAAUCGCUUCAUGGAGCUUUAG